AUCGAAGCCAAACACAUAUUCAAAGCGGUUCUCUCGAAGUUACCGAAUGUACGCAAACUGUCGGCCAAAGACGUGAAGACAAUAUGGGACGAGUUAAGCGACGACCGAUCGCCGCCGUCUGAUCCAUGGGUUGUGGAGUUUACCACAACUGAGAACGACGUGGAGGCCAAUCAAUUGGAGACCAAGCGUUUGGCUUUACUCUUAAGCGACCAGAAUAUAAAUGUGGGAAAAGUGUUUUGCGAUAGAGAGCCCAAACCCUGCGCUCAGUUUUAUAUCCAAAAACACCCGUCCAUUGCUGUCCUCAAGUCGGGUCCCAAUUACGAAGUAUAUCACGGCCGAAUACUGGCCUUCGAUAUCGCAAACUUCGCCAAAGAAUCUCUCACUAGUCGUCUCCAGACAUUGGAUCCGAAUGUGUUUGAAGAUAAGGUCAACAAUGCUGUGUCCGCCGAUAGUAAGCCGUGGUUUGUCGACUUCUUUUCACCGUGGUGUCCGCCGUGUAUGAGACUAAUGCCUGAAAUCCGAAAGGCGUCCCGAAAUGCCAAUCAUUUGGUUAACUUUGGAACCAUUGAUUGCACGGUUCACUCCUCUAUGUGUAAAAAAUAUAACAUCAGAUCGUAUCCAACGGUACUUCUGUACAACUCGUCGGUCGCCCAUCAGUUUCAUGGCCAGCAUUCAGAGCACGAUUUGAUUGAUUUUAUUCAAGACACUUUGUUCCCGACUGUCACUCAUUUGACUCCCGAGACGUUUAAGGAGAACGUGGAGCGGAAGAAGAGCACCACUCUAUGGUUAGUGGACUUCUUCGCGCCGUGGUGUGGGCCCUGUCAACGACUGGCCCCUCAAUGGACCAAAUUGGCCAAAAUGCUUAAAGACGAGCCCAACGUUAUGGUCGGUUCUAUUGACUGUCAGGCGUUCUCACAAUUGUGCGGCGAUUUGGAGGUCAGAUCCUAUCCUACUAUUCGUUUAUAUCCACACAAAGACAGCAAAUACUACUCUAAGGAUCAAAAGUUUCAUUUAUUUAAUGGUCACAAUCGGGACGCGGAAUCUCUGCGCGUUUGGGUCUAUAAUUUCAUUCCCAGUUCUGUCAAAGAGAUUGAAACCGAAGAUGCGUUUAAAAAAGUGAUAAAAUCCAAGCAUAUAUGGCUCCUAGACUUCUACACUCCCUGGUGUUCGCACUGCACUUAUUUCGCUCCCGAGUUUGAACUCAUAUCUAAGAAAUUGAAGGGCAAAGUAAAGGCCGGAAAAGUAAACUGUCAGACAUUGGGACAGUUGUGCAGAGAGGCCGGCGUUACCGCUUACCCGACCGUUAGAUUGUACGACAAGUCGACGACUUCGACCAAAGGUCUGCCCGUCGAUGCCUUCGCUGCUAAGGAUAUCGUGGCUUUUGUCGACAGAUUUAUCGCUUCACAAGAAAAUUCAAUUCGAGACGAGUUAUGAUAAUAGCUGUUAACUAAUGAAUUACAAUCAACCAAUUUAUACACGCAUUAAAACGACAC